AUGUCUCGCAACUCCAAACCUUCCCGUCAUCAAUCAAGGAGCACCGAGGGUAAACCCGAUGAUAUGAUCGAGCAAGUUAAAAGCAUCAUCACCAUACUAGACGAGGUAGUCUCCUCUCGACCCCACGAGUGCGAACCAUAUAUUGCCUCUGCUCGCUCAGCCAUCACUGCUCUCGAGCACCUCCGCUUCUUUCGCGACUCGGCACGAUUCACUGAACAAAUUUGGAUCAUUCAAGGUCUUCAGGACUUUGCUUUCUACGAUGCAGACAACGGAAGUGUGAGAGAAAUUGCGGAUUUUUGCCAAAAUGCAUGGUUGAGAGUAUUGAGAAACUACCCGGAGAAUGUUGACGUCUUGACGGGUUUGGGUAGAAACUGGCUCCAGAGAUCCCAAGUAACUCUAGCUCGCAUUCAUUGCGAAGAAGGAAAUGAUACCACAGGUACUUCCGACCUGGAGAACCCCUUUUCAGAAGACGAUUCUGACGAUUCCUCUCUCCUAGCACCACCCAAUGAUCCGCGCAGACAAGGUCCUCUGUACAUUGAAGCUCGAGGCUUUCUCCAACCCGCUGUAGAUUUCUUUACUCGCGCCAUUCGAGCUGCCGAUAGUCUCGGAUCUACCGCCGGUGAACUACUAGCUUCGGCGGCAGAGUCACAUAUGAGUUUGGGUAACGUAUCUGCAUCACCAGCAGAUGAACACGCUUUUACCCAGGCGAUUCGGUAUUUGCGUCGUGCGGAAACGACGCAGGGAUAUCAGUUGUCGAUUUAUAUGCAACAAUAUCUGAAUGAUUAUGGAAGAUAUGUUUCUUAA